UACAGCCGGGUAAUCUGGAGCUCAGCCCUGUCUAGAAUUUAUUUUCCUCCUAAAACUGUUGUAUUUCAUCAAUAUACGGAUAUAUUUUGAGGCCUCAAUAUGCCUAUAUUCUCGGAGCUGUAUUUUAAUGUGGAUAAUGGUUACUUGGAAGGGUUGGUCAGGGGUUUUAAGGCUGGAAUUCUUUCACAGGGAGACUAUCUAAAUCUCGUCCAGUGUGAAACCCUGGAAGACCUGAAACUCCAUCUGCAGAGCACGGACUAUGGCAGCUUCCUGGCCAACGAGCCGUCCCCCCUCACCGUGUCCGUCAUCGACGACAAGCUCAAAGAGAAGAUGGUGGUGGAGUUCCGUCACAUGAGAAACCAGUCGUACGAACCGCUGGCAAGCUUCAUGGACUUCAUCACGUACAGCUACAUGAUAGACAAUGUGAUCCUGCUGAUCACGGGCACCCUGCACCAGCGUGCCAUCUCUGAGCUGGUACCUAAGUGCCACCCUCUGGGCAGCUUUGAGCAGAUGGAGGCAGUCAACAUCGCCCAGACCCCAGCAGAACUUUACAACGCCAUCCUGGUCGACACCCCUCUGGCUGCUUUCUUCCAAGACUGCAUAUCUGAGCAGGAUCUGGAUGAGAUGAACAUUGAGAUUAUCCGUAAUACUCUGUAUAAGGCUUAUCUGGAGGCUUUCUACAAGUUCUGCUCCACUCUGGGAGGAACCACUGGUGACACCAUGUGUCCCAUUCUAGAGUUUGAGGCGGACAGGAGGGCCUUCAUCAUCACCAUCAACUCAUUUGGUACGGAACUGUCUAAGGAGGACCGUGCCAAGCUGUUCCCCCACUGUGGCAAGCUGUACCCUGAGGGGCUGGCUCAGCUUGCCCGCGCUGACGACUACGAACAGGUCAAAGCUGUGGCUGACUACUACCCUGAAUACAAGCUCCUGUUUGAGGGAGCAGGCAGCAACCCAGGGGACAAGACACUGGAGGACAGGUUCUUUGAGCAUGAGGUGAAGCUGAACAAGCUGGCGUUCCUGAACCAGUUCCACUUCAGCGUGUUCUAUGUCCUCGUUAACCCACCCCCUGGUGUCCUCGUUAACCCACCCCUGGUGUCCUCGUUAACCCACCCCCUGGUGUCCUCGUUAACCCACCCCCUGAUGUCCUCGUUAACCCACCCCCUGGUGUCCUCGUUAACCCACCCCCUGGUGAAGCUGAACAAGCUGGCGUUCCUGAACCAGUUCCACUUCAGCGUGUUCUAUGUCCUCGUGAAGCUGAACAAGCUGGCGUUCCUGAGCCAGUUCCACUUCAGUGUGUUCUAUGUCCUCGUUAACCCCCACCCCCCGGCGUCCCGUUAA